GUCCGCCUGACCUCUCGACCAUGCGGCCGUGAGCCAACGAGCACAUGCUCUUCACGUCGUCGCGCCUCACCACCUCAUUUCUCACCAUCGACGUCGACCUUGACACAGAUACUACACCUCACACUCUGGCACAAUUUCAUCAACAGCUUUGCUUGACCUCAUUCGCGCAUCGCAUAAGCAAGCGAUCAAGAAAUCUAGUUGCCGGACCGCACGGCCCGGCCGGCAUGUCGAACCAGCACGAGGCGCAUGCGGGCCCAUCAUCUGAGGCGCAUGAUGGCGCAUCUGCGCAGCGGGCGGACGAGAACGCUCCCCGCGUCCAGCUUGCGUGCUUCUACUGCCGCGCGAAACGUAUCCGGUGUAGCGGCACCAAGCCGGUGUGUACGGCGUGCGCGAAGGCGAGCGCGACGUGCGAAUGGCCAGCAGGGCGACGGCGCAAGCGCACACGGCGUGAGAUGGAGGAAGCGCGGCGCGUCGAAGCCGCCGCGGCCGUGCCCGUCCCCGCGGCCCCAGGCAUGACGCACUAUGGAAUCAGCCCUGGCGAUGCGAACGGCCGGCAGGCACACCAGCCAACAUCCGUGCCCUCCUCUGGUAGCGGGAGUGGGCAACCUCAGAUGGAGUAUCUCGAGUCCUGGGCGGGCAAUAGCAACUUCGUGUGGCCUUCCAACUUCCUUCCAGAGGGUUUCUCGUUUGACACAUUCGAGCAGUCGAUCCCGGGGUUGCCAGCGGCGCAGAUAUCUGACCUCUCCUCCCUGGGCCCGCUCGAGGGUUUUCUCAACGACAAUAGUCCGGGCACGGACACGCGCUUGUUCCAGGCCCUCGACGGUACAGCCUACAUCUCCGGCGACUUGGAGGAUGACGAAGUCGAGCUCUUCUACUACCGCUUUAGCGGGACGACGGCGCUCAAUCCGGGCAUCAACCGCAUCAGUCUCAAACUGCACCGGCGCGACGGGGACGCAUUGCGCCCGCCCGAGCCCGAAGCGGCCGCCAUAUCGGCGAAGGGAAGUAUGCGUCCCCCGCCGGCGCCGGCAGACCUGUUCGAUGCCAGCGGCAUGCCGCACAAGCACGUGUGGGAUCCGAUCUUCGAAAAGUUUCUCAAGCACAUGAGCCAGCAUUUCCCCUCGCUGUCGCGGCGGCGGAUGGAGGAGCGGUAUGCGAGCGGGACGAUGAGCGCGUUUCUCGCCAACUGUGUGCUGGCGCUCGGCGCCCGCUUCGGCGGCGAGGGAGAAGCCGACGGCGUCGCCGCUUGCGCACCCUUCGUAGCCAAGGCGCAGGAGCUCGUCAUUCCCCUCCUUCACCUGCCAGCGUAUGACGUCGCGACCGGCCUGCUCAUGCUCGCAUGGGCGAGCUACGGGCAGAACUCGGACUCGGGGCUGUGGCAGUACUCGGGCAUGGCUAUACGCAUGGCCAUUGACUUGGGCGUGCACGAAAACUCGGAGAUGUACGAAGACCAGGCGCAUCUUGUACGCACACGACUGCUGUUCUGGACGCUGUUUGUCACCGACCGAGUAGUAGCGUUUGCCACUGGCCGGCCCGCCAGCAUCCCCGAGGAUAUCAUCGAGAUCCCACUGCCCGAAGACGCAGACUUCUUCCCGGAUCCAGCGCGGAACACGGCCCGGUUCGCCUCCGAGCCCGUCCAGCCUGUCCCCUUCGUCUACCUCACGCGAUUAAUGAUCAUCUGCGGUCGCAUCAGCAACGUGCUGAACGGGCGACGAGGGCGUGCGCGCACCCUCGUGGCGACGGACGAGCCGCUAGCCCAGCAGCUCGCGGAACUGCAGGCCCACCUUGUGAAAUUCUACGCAUCCCUACCGACCCAAAUGCGCUGGUCGGCCGAGAACUUCAAGUACCAGCACGCGCGAUGCCACGGGGGCACGUUCCUUGCGCUGCACCUGUGGGCCAACGCCGUUCUCGCUCUUGUGUACCACCCCGACCUGCUCAAGUCACCGAGUGGCGAGGAGACGCCGCUGAACCGCAGCAUGCCGCGCAACGUCAAGCUCGCUAUCGCGAGCUCGCGCCAGAUCGGCGAGUGCAUGGUCUUCGCCGACCUCGUCAGCCACAGCAGCUAUACCGCCACCCCCAUCGUCGUGCAGCCAAUCUACGUGGCGGCCAUGGCGCUUAUCCACGAAAUGCACGCGGCGCAGGCACAGGCGCGCACGCGCACGCCGACCCCCACGGAGCCUGAGGCGGGCGAGCGCAGCGGAAGCGUCGGCGGCGCGUCGCAUGCCAGCGACCUCUUCCUCGUCAGCAUGGCCAAGCAGAACUUCAUGGCGCUCCUGCGCGCCAUCUCUCGCAUCGAGAGCUAUUGGGCUGGGGCGGGCUACGUUGCUGCCCUCCUUGAGAAACGUUCGGGAAUUGCCGCGCCCGCACGCUCCAAGAAGACAUUCAUCAGCUUGCCGGACCAAGGGUUGCUGCGGCGCUUUAAGACGGACGUGCGCGGCGACCCGCGCAACGUCGCGCCGGCGACUGAGACGAGUCUGCGCGAGAGCAUCGCGCGCUCUCAGAGCGCACAGAGUUCCGGCCCGUCGCCUGUGUGGGUCAGCGACCUGCUCAGUGGAUACAGUGUCGAGAACAUGAGCUUCGCGCCCGCUGACCAGUUUGACUUUGCCCGCCUGAUGGCCGCGGCCGGCGGACAGCAGGAGGAGUUGGGGCGGACUUGACUCUCAAGAGAGGUUUGAGGACUCGAGAGGGAUAUGGGGACUUGAGUGAGACCGUGAAGUCGCGGGGUUUGGAGGAGUCGAGGGUAAUUGGAGGAGCUGAGGCGUAAUCGAUGAUCGACGCACUACUGUUGUGCUGAAGAGUAUGUCAAUUUUGGACCCAG